GUGGCCUCGUUUGAUACAAUCUGGUGAUCGUUAAGCUAAGCUUUCAUCGCAACGGUUUAAUGAGUUCCGUGACAAUAGUUUGAUCUUUCGUGAGCAAUCGCGUGAAUUGAGGUAGCGCCAGCCGCCGCGAGCGACCCAUUCUCUUGCAAAGACCAAGGCGCCACGCCAAAUCUUCUUCCCUGCCUCCGGAGUUCGUGGAUUUUCUUCUUGGGCAGAAUGUGGAUCAUCGCGUCUACCAUACGUCAAACGCUGCCGCUUUACUUCAGCCGAGUGCCAGUUAGCGAAAGAACUUGGGAUCAAAUUCGAGCCUGUUUCUUGGCUACCCGGAUUUUUCCAGUGUUCAUCCCAAGCGUCACCAGUGCCUACAAUUCUGGACAGAUUUACGGUAUGGAUGUGGCCUCCGGGGCUGCUGUUGCAGCACUUGAUGUGAUCACGUCCUCGACGUCUGCGCAGUUCUUGGUCCGAAACUAUCAUGAUGGCAGAGGUUUUAGGUGUGGGGGCUGGAACGGUAGCCGAGCGAGGGUGUUCCUUGCCGACGGGAGGACGUUCUCCAUCCUGGCAGUUAAAAAAGCAUAGCAAUCCAGUUUCCUUGAGAAACAACCAUGUACGUAUUCGAUCCUGUUCUUUCUUACAAGUGAAACUUUGUGCUUGCGUC